AUGCCAGUUAAUGUAUCGACAGACUUCAAUAAAAGGAAGAAAGAAUUGCAAUAUAAGCUGGAUGCGGCUACCACCAAUUACGAGGAGCUGCGGGAAGAAGUGAUCCAAUUGAAGAGAUAUUUCAAUGAAGUCUCUGCUGAUAUGACUCCCUACGACAUGAAGCACUCUCACUCAGAGAUCGAGAAGUUAUUGAAAGAUGUAAACGCCAAAUUGUCAACGCAGCAUACAGUCAAAAGGAAAUUCAAGUUCAAUUUCUCCUCCAAGGGGAAAAAUACCAAGUUCGAAGCUCUAUCGCCACCAGUACCAGUGGCAUCGACACCGAAAAUCGUCGAUCAAGAUCUACUGAUUACAAAUCCUAUCCAGACGUUUGAGAAUUUAAGCAAUUGCACAGUUACUCGUGGCAAAGAAAUUGCCUCCUCACAAAAUGGACAGCUGGCGUUUAAAGGUCUUCACAAGUCGGUAGUAGUAGUAAGCCCAUUGCCGUUUGUGAAUGGCAGCGUAUUCAUUACAGAUUGUACAGAAUCAGUCAUCAUCAUUAAUUUACCACCUGCAUCUACCAUUCAAAUCCGUUUGCACAAUCUUGGCAAUUGUAAACUAUCCAUUGUCAAGCAAGAAGACAUGGAACCUCAGACGGUUGUCGUAGAAAACCUUACAAAAUGUACAUUUGACGAAGUAUCUCGAAAUAAGCUUACAAUUCGUAAUUUCAGUCAAUUAGGAUCUGGUCAAGUAGAAUCUGAAGCCUAUAGAUUUGCAACUAUAGAAACAUUUGGUGGAAAUACACAGCAAUUAAGACAUCAAUAUAUUGAAAAUAACUAA